AUGCAGGUGCCUCACGUCGUCCAUCCCUGCAUCCGACCAGGGGAUCCGAUGGCGGACGCCGCCCUCAGCGCGGCUCAAUGGGUGGUGGGUAAGGCGCUAGCCCCCGUUGCAGAUGGCGUGCUGGAGGCUUGGGCGGCCACCAGGAACUUUGGUCCCAGCAUCGAGGCCCUCAGGAUGGAACUGUUGCUCGUGCAGGCGACGCUCGAAAAUGCUGCCGGCAAGGAGAUCUGCGGUACGGCCAUGGAGGAGCUGCUGCAGAUGCUGCGGGACUCGGCACACAAUGCCGAGGACUUGUUGGACGAGCUGGACUACUUCCGCAUCCAUGAUGAGCUCCACGGCACGCACGAUGCUGCUGACGAGCAUGGCAGGAGUGGCAUCCAUGGCCUUGUCCUCAAUGCUUGUCACGUCGCCAAAGCUGUUGGCAAACAUCUGCCAUCUUUGCCCGCGUACUGGUUUGGCGCCAAUGCUGGUGAUCCCCGACAACAAGAUGCAACACAAAGUGCCAACUCUUUUGUUUGGCCACGUGGUAGGAAGAGGUUACGUGACGAUUCCUCCUCGGAGCCAAAUGCCAAUCAGGCUGAUGAGGAGGUCAGCAGACGCAAGAAGCACCAAAUCUUGAUGUUUAAUAGGGUUGAUUUCGCCCAAAGGAUGAAGGACAUUGUAGAGAAAAUGCACCCUGUGCGUAAGGAUGUUAAUGAGAUUCUGCUGGGUUGUGGCCCUAGAACUGUCCCAGACAUUGCGCAACAUCGUCCCACCACCACACCUCAGAGUGCAGAGCCAAAACUAUAUGGGAGGGACUGUGUCAUGAAUAGCAUCAUACAUGAUAUCAUUGAGGGUCAAUACUGUGACAAGGGUCUAACUGUGCUUCCUGUUAUUGGUCCGGGGGGAAUGGGGAAGACAACUCUGAUACAACACAUAUAUAACAACCAACAAGUGCAGAAUCAUUUUCUGGUCAGGAUUUGGAUAUGUGUGUCAUUCAGUUUCAACCUGGACAAGGUGCUAGAACAGAUUAAAAAGUAUACUCCUAAAGUGGAAGGUGAAAAGGAGUGUAUUAGACCAGAAGAAUUGAUUAAACACAGAUUGAAACACAAAAGGUUCUUACUUGUAUUGGAUGAUAUAUGGCAGUUUACUGAUGUGGAUGACUGGAAAAAACUAUUAUUGAUACUCGGCAAGUCACAAGAAAAUGGUUCCAUGAUUCUAGUCACAACUCGGCAUAAAAAAAUAGCAGAUCAAGUUAAGAAAACUGAAGAACCAAAAGAACUGGACGGUUUAGAACCUGGAGAGUUUAGGAAGUUAUUCCUAAUAUAUGUCUUUGAUGCUGAGCAAUACCCAGAGGAUAAACGUCAUUUGCUUCACAUUGGAGAUAAGAUAAUGGAAAAACUGAAGGGCUCCCCUCUUGCAGCAAAGACCGUUGGCAGAUUAUUGAGGACAAACCUUAGUUUGGCUCAUUGGAGAAUGGUCCUAAAAAGUAAAAAAUGGGCGAAGGAGACCGAUGACAAUGGAAUUAUGCCUGCCUUGGAGCUUAGCUAUGACUUUCUCCCUUUCCAUUUGCAAAGGUGUUUUUCCUAUUCUGCAUUAUUUCCUGAAGAUUACCAUUUCAGAAGCCAUGAGCUCAUCAGCCUAUGGACCGGACUAGAUAUUUUGACACCUUCUGAUCAAAACCCAACCUUUGAAGGCACGGGUCUGAGCAUUUUAAAUGACUUAGUCAUCCAUGGAUUUUUAAGAGAAUAUAAAACUAAUGGUGAUAUGCGGUAUGUUAUGCAUGACCUAUUGCAUGAGUUGGCAUUGAAGGUUGCAUCACAUGAUUGCCUUAAUUUUCGCCUCCCUGAUGUUGGAUCGGUACAAGUUAAGCCAUCCACCCGACACCUGUCGAUAAGUAUAGAGAACUUGGGUGAAUAUAAUGGUCAAAAAUUAAAGAGGGAAUUGGAAAAACUGAAGACAAGUUUGAAGAUUGAACAUUUGCAAACACUGAUGUUAUUUGGAGCAACGGAUGAAGGUUUUGCUAAGAUAUUUGGUGAUUUUCUUGGGGAAGCAAAUGCUCUCCGUGUUCUUUAUUUACCCCACCUGAAGUAUCCAGUGGAGUCUAUGGUACAUAACUUUUCAAGACUUGUCCACCUACGAUUCCUAUGUCUAGGGACAUUGAAGAGUAAGGUGCCCAUUAUUUUACCACUUAACAUCUCUAAAUUUUACCAUCUAAGGGUUCUAGAUCUUAAGUCAUGGUCUGGCAGUAGCAGGGGCGGAGCCAGCCCAGCGGGCCGCCCUGGGCCCUCUUCAUAUACUGUAGCAGAUGUGGAUAGUAAAUCGCUACGGUACAGGAAGAAAUUGGGCCUCACGCCCCGGGCCUGGGCCCUAGGGGCCAGGGGCCUGUAUCCGCCACAGGGUAGUAGUGAUUUUCCUGAAGACAUGAGCAACCUUGCAAAAUUGUGCCAUUAUUAUACUCCAAGAGAUGAUGAGCUUCAUUCUAACAUUUGUAAUGUGGGAAAACUUGAACUCUUGGAAAAGUUAAAGGUAUUUCGAAUCAAUAAAAAAAGUGAAGGAUUUGAACCAAAGCAACUAGAGCAUUUGACCAAGCUGUGUGAGCUUGGCAUCUACAACCUUGAGAAAAUACAUACGGAAGAUGAGGCAGCUCAAGUAAAACUCAAUGAGAAAAAGUGCUUGAGAAGGUUAACAUUGGACUGGGAUAGUGAGCAAUCUAGUGUUGAGCCUGGUGUGGAAGCAGUGGUUCUUGAGUGCCUUCGACCACAUGAAAAUCUUGAUGUGUUAUGCAUUAGAGGGCACAGAGGCCCCACUUGUCCAACAUGGCUGGGUGAUGAGCAUGCUGUUGAAACUCUGCAAUCUCUUUGUCUUUAUGCUGUUUCUUGGAAGGUUUUCCCUUCUUUACGGAACAUGGGGGAUCUUUGUGAACUUGAGAUACAAGGCUGUCCAGGAUUCUCAUCAGUGAUUUCCAUGUCCUGGAUUGAAAAUCUGCGCCGUGUCAUGGUAAAACAUGUAAAGUUACUAGAAAAGUUUGAGUACUCAAAAUCAUCAGAUGGAGUAGAAUUGAAAAUUAAGGGAAAGCAUGGUCUGCAUGGCUUAGAUCAAGUGUUAGUUUUCGAUAAAGAAACAAGUCUUGAGAAGCUGACACUUAAGAGGUGCCCACCUCUGGAGUUGAAGCACCUUCCGAUGCUAACCUCGUUGAAGACAUUGAUUGUAGAAAAUUCAGAAAGUCUGGUUGGACCACUAGGAGGUCAGGGUAAUGGGGAAUGGCAGCUGCCUGUUGAGCACAUCAAGAUCAGCAACUUGAAUGGUAAUAGUGGGAAGGAAUUGACAGAGCUCUUACCCCACCUCCCAAAGCUCUCCAAUUUGGAUAUACAGCAUUGUAAAAACAUAGAACAGCUGGUGGUGGGGGUGAAUGUGCAACAAACAACACCAGCAACAUCAGAGCUGGUCUUCCCAGCUCAUCUCUUUGACUCAUUACGGGAAUUGAAGUUCUAUGCCUGCCAAGAGCUGGUCCUGGUGGACCCACCAACUCUUCUUCCUCGAGGAGUAUGGCUCCAAGCCUUGCGAUCACUUCAGAGAUUAACAAUACAGGAGUGCCCAAAGUUUCUAUCCGCCUUCUCGUUUUCUGGUCACCUUUUUCCUUCCUCCCUGGAGUUCCUGAAGCUUACGGGUGUUAAAGGCAUGGGGACAGUAGAGCCCCUCUCAAACCUCUCCUCCCUUACCAGAUUAGAAUUGUAUCGGUGCGGAGAGGAUCUAAAAUGUCAAGGCUUGCAGUCUCUCCUUACCACCAGUGGCCAACUCAACAAAUUAAGAGUCAUAGGUAGCCCUGGUUUCUUUGCUAAUUGGGUUCCCAAUCCCGAGCGGGAGUUGGAGGAUGUUCAAGGAGGAGAAGAGCAGCCUGUUUCAUCGACACUGCAGGAGCUCUACACGUAUGUUGACGAGGGACUCCUUUCUGCACCCGUCUGCAGCGUCCUCUCUUCCUCCCUCACCAUGCUGAAACUUCAAGGGGGUGGGUGUGAAGGGAUGGAGCGCUUCAGCAAGGAGCAGGAGGACGCCUUUCAGCUCCUCUCCUCCCUCCAGCAACUUCACUUUUCGUGUUUCCAGAAGCUUCAACAACUUCCUGCAGGACUGCGCAACCUUACCAGCCUCAAGGAAUUAAUGAUCUACGACUGUCCAGCUAUCUCGUCAUUGCCCAAGGAUGGCCUCCCCAAAUCACUGCAAAAGUUAUGGGUCAGCAACUGCGGCAACCAGGAGCUAAUACAGCAGUGCAGGGGUUUGAAGGUAACACAAACAUACAUUCAUGUGUUCUUCCACUUAACUCUUUUCCUGCAAUCCUGCUUAAUAACACUGCAUUUGUUUCCAUCCUAUCUGCAGGACAUCAUGCAUGACAUUCUUAUAAACACAAUUGCCACAUGCAUGACAUGA